AUGGUGGAAGCAGCCCACAAGGCGGCAGCGAUCCGCAAAGUGGUUCGCAUCUUCUGCGACGACCGUGACGCCACGGACUCCUCCGGCGACGAGGCCGAGGCCGGCGCCGGCGUCGCCACGCCGCGAGGAGUGCGCAAGUUUGUGAAGGAGAUCCGCAUGGAGCAGCGUCGGGCCAUAACGUCAUCGGCUCCCGCGCCCGCCGGUAGAGUUGCUCCCGGCGGUGGUGGCAAGAGGAAACUGCCGGGCGUUCCGGCGGCGGCGCGCGCGGCGGAGCCAAGCUACAGGGGCGUGCGGAGGCGGCCGUGGGGGAAGUACGCGGCGGAGAUCCGCGACCCGCACAAGAACGCGCGGGUGUGGCUGGGCACCUUCGACACGGCCGAGGAGGCCGCGAGGAUGUACGACAGCGAGGCCCGCCGCCUCCGCGGGCCAUCGGCGACGACCAACUUCCCCGCAGCGCCGCCGAAACCCGUCCGUGUGGUGCCGCCGCCCCAGGCCAUUCCCGCCGUAGUGGCCGACCUCUCCUCCGCCGAGGAGUCCAGCGACGAGUCUCAGCUGGUGGGCUCGCCGGUCUCCGUGCUCCCCGCAAUGCCGGGCGAGACGACGGACGACGCGGUGGCCCCGCUGGCGCUAAAGCCCACGGACGCCACCGAUUCCACCGCCAAGAAAGACGCCUCCCCCUUCUCCGCCGACGCGAUCCUCCCGGAGCUCGAGGAGGGCGUGUUCCCCGGCAUCAUCACCCCGUUCGACGACCCGGCCCUAGGCGUCCUGUUCGACGACAUCGCCGCGCCGCGGCUCGACCACCUCCCCGACGACGGCCACCUCGGCGACCUCCCGAUGUGGCCGGGCGAGGACGGCUGCGGCUUCAGCGACAUCGGCGACGACUUCUUCGCCGCCGAGCCGCUCCCCGCCGUCUGA